CCUCGACUGCUGAAGAGAAUACGUGGGCGCUGCACGCGCUCUGACGUAUCAAUCGGUAUUCAUUUAAGUACGGAGUAAACACUACCAAUACUACAUACUGCCUUAUGUUUCGCGACGGAAUGGUUUGACAAUUUGCUAGGAGUGUUUUUCGUGAAUGAACUUCUUAAUAAUGGUUUGACUUAUCACAACGUGCGGAGUCCUAGGACACAGAGUGGUUUCUAAAUACAACUCUGGGUAUUAACAAACCACGUGAGUAUUAGCGGAGCCGUAUAUGUUGUAAGACCAUGUGUAUAUUACAUACCAGUGUAAAUCUUCCUUGGAUAUGUGGACGUUGUUGUAUAAUAUAUGUAGAUUAAGGACCAAAUGGAUUAAUAAAAAAAACUGUUUAAAGGAAAUCAUGUAUUCACCAGUAGACACAUAAUCAACGCCAAUGAUGAAUUCGAGCAGUAACGACUCCUCAGUUCCAAAGAUAGACUUGGAAGCUUGGAACAGAGAUGAAGCGUACAAACUCAUACCCAUAGAUGUACUUCUAGUACUUUAUGCAGUUAUCGGAGUAUUCGGUAACAUUGCUGUUAUAUACAUCUACAGCUUCAAACUCAAGGUCAAGUUUGACGACAAAUUCUUCAUUCUUGUCCUGGCUGGAAUGGACAUUGUCGUCUGCUCCACUGGUACUUUGUUUUCUUUGGCCCGCAACAUACUUCCGGUGAAUUUUCAAGGCGACAUUCUCUGUCGUAUAUGUUGGUAUUUUGUCCGCACUAUGGGAACAGCAUCUGGAAUGCUACUUUUUAUCAUCGCUGUACAACGUUAUCUCAAAGUCUGUCGUCCUUUUGGCAGACAAAUGACAUCAUUAAUAAAUAAGGUUGCUUUGGCAGUGACGUUUGGUGUAGCCAUUGUCAUCGAUAUUCCUAUAUUUGUGUUUUACGGAGAAACGGAAAUUUAUGACAGUCGCUUGAAUGUGACUGGGUACCGUUGUGGACGAAAGGACGACGAGAGCCCGUCUAUGAAGCAAGAUAUUCUUAUCUACUUUUAUUUUAUGUUUGGGUGUGCGGGGAGUGUGAUGCUGGGUGUUGCCGUUCUGUAUUCAAUGACAGGAUAUACAAUAUAUAAACAGGUAAAACGACAUAUGGACUUAACCGUUGAUGCGUACAACGCUUCUACCCAUCGCAGUACUCAGGACAGUGUAAAAGCGGAAGCUAACAAUUCGUGUGUGUCCAUACAGGACAUUACGCUCACUGAUUCACCGGAAGUGACGUCAAAAAGAGGUAAUUAUAAAUCCAUUAAAAACAGUAGCAGUGUCGACGAUUCACCAGCUAUUCAGAAAAAAUACAAGCAUAAUCUUAUCAGUUAUGAAAAAAAUGUUCCUAUAGAAUCCGAAGAGUCAUCAUCGUCAAAGACAACCGGAAGUGUCGAGUGUUCCGACAAGGUUAAUGAGAAAGGCGAAACAGCGUCUAUCGACAAGGGUUAUUCAACCGAUGACGCAGCUGUGACGGGUAAUGAUCAUCACGGAUCGACAGACACGUCAAAAACACAGGAGGAACCAAAAAGCACUUGUAACGGCAUUACAGACCAAGUGGGUCCUUCACCACCAGGGCAGCCUGGUUCAAAGACCGUCAGUUUUAAGAAAACUAAUCCAGAAACACUCAGCGAUGAUGACGUGAAGUCGAACGGUACGAAAAAAGAUCUGGAACCCAUCAAUGAGGAUGGUGGUGGUGAAAUAGUGAAAGCUUCUAUCAAAAGUGUUUCUGGUAAAGAUUCUAGAGCAGGUAAUGUUCCAAUCAAUAAGGGAUUUAAACAAGAGUCACAGGUGGGUGCUCGAUGGAAGAAAAACAGAAUGAUGGUACACCGAUUCUCUAUCAUGUUUAUGAUGAUAGCUUUGGUUUGUACGAUCACAUAUACCCCAGCCUUAAUCGCAAACAUGUUGGUCAAUCUGGACUCGGUCCAGUACUGGACGGAAUAUUCUCAGUGGGAGCGGGUCCUAUACCUGUUUCUCUUCCAACUUUAUCUCCUCAAUCACGUAGCAAAUCCAUUUAUUUAUGCUUUUUUCGAUAAAACAUUUAGAAAGGAAUUUAAAAACAUGAUUAAAUGUAAAAAGCGAUAAAGUAAAAAGGUAAUGGAUAACAGUAUUAUUUAAUUGUGAACAGUUUUAUGUGAACUUUUGUACAAUUGUCUAGUGAUGUAUGUUUGAUAUUGGACCAGGAUGCUAUUUUUCUAUCCUAUCAAAGAUUAAUCCACAGGCACCUGUAUCUGGAACGUAAAGCAAAAAAAACCAGUUCACUAAGCAUCACACAAAAAAGUAAACUGUAAGACGGAAGUACGUCAUUUCUAAACAUAGAUUUCUUAAAAGUUAGCCGAGUAAAUGACAUUUGGGAGUUCGAUUGAGGGUUCUAUAGUUGAACUGAAUGACGUAUUUCCGUCGGAUUGGCCUAUUGAGAAAGCUGAGCGAGGAAAGAGUGACAUUUCACGGCGAAACAUGAUGUGACAAAUAUUUGUAAUGUAAUUCAAAAUUUAGUCAAACGUUUUUGUUGGUAAACUUGGCUUUUAAAAUGGCACAAACAGUGAAAAUAUAAAAUAUUGUUGUUUUUUGAGUAGCCCCAAAAGUCGAUUUGAGGAUUUUGCAAUUGAUUGACUACAUUGUAUGAUACAUAGUGGACUGGAGUUUGGCUUUGUUAACGCUCCACAGGGACGUGUAAUACAGACGUCCCUGUGCUCUAGAUACAGGUGUCUAUGGCCGAGCAAACAUUUUCAGAAAUUAAAUUAGUUCUGGUGGAAUUAAUAAAUCAUUACAGUUGUCGAUACCAACGACAAUGUGUCCAAGUGGUGUAACCAAUGUCUAUUGUUAAAAUUCAUUGCUGUCACGUCUGUAAGUGUGUCGUCAUCAAUUAUAACGGAUGUGACAGUGCAGUCGACGGUCGUUAGGUGUAGCCACUCGUAUCUGUACCAAAAGGUUGUCGUCACCUCUAGCACACAGGGACAUGAUAAUCAAGUACAAUGUGGCCCAUAGGUAUUUUGAUCGUUCAUUUUGCUGGAAAGUAUUGCUAGAUUAACUUCCAGUAAACUGCUAUUUUCCGUUUCGAGUAAGAAGACUUAUGUACACAUUGUUAUUGUUUAUGAUGCCCCUGUGUCUAUGAUACCAAAUAUGACCCAGUUUAUAAAACUUUGAUUACUAAAUAUAUGCUUGAUUCAAGCUUGAUAUUGUCGUUCGAAUUGUUGCAGUAUUUUUCAAUAAAUCGAUAUCAAAUUAUCGAUUUUAGAUGUGAUGUUCGGUGUACAGUGUAAACAGUUUACACUGUAAGAAUGGUGACGUAUUUUAAAAUGUAGAGACGAUUGUAUCAUUUAUGAACCGACGUAAUCACAAGGGGCGACAACUCUGUAACAAUACAAAUCUAGUCCAGGUAUCAGGAACUGCUGGUCUGGUAAACUAUGUUGCUAUGAGUAUUUUGUUUACAUGCUUAUACACUUACUACUUAUUGAAA